AUGAUUUCUUCUGGUACGAGCUUGAAAGUACGCCUUGGCUUGGAUGGCUCGGGAGCUACGUAUGCCACCAACUCUAGAGCUGCCAAAGUUCAUGCAAGAAGACAAGCAAAGAGGCUUAGUCUUACCAAUGCUAAUGUAAGAAACAUCAGGGCCAAAAGUGAUGACCAGCUUGCUCAAGAGAAGGCGUGGUUGGAUGCUGAGAGGGUUUGGCUUGUCCAUCGUGGGGGUUUCUCUGCCGCUAAAAGAUUGGCCCAAACACCCAACGGGAUAUCAGGAGAGGAUACCAAUCAGCUGGGGGAAGGAAAGGUCAAAGUCAAGUUAGAACAAGGAGAGGAUGUUCUGGAGGUGGAGGAGGAAGACGUGGAGAAGGCAAAUCCUCCCCAAUUCGACAGAGCCGAGGAUCUGGCAGCGUUACAGUUCUUGAACGAAUCAAGUGUCCUCCACACCCUGAGACAGCGUUAUGGAGCCAACCUCAUCCAUAGCUACGCCGGACGCAACCUCAUCAUCAUCAACCCUACGCACCAGCUUUCUGUCUACUCAGACAAGCAUGCUAAGGCAGUUAUUCAAAUGUUCCGAGGAUGCAAGUUGGAAGACAUGCCCCCUCACAUCUACGCUGCAGCCCAGACCGCCUACCGCUCAAUGCAAUCGACCCGUCAGGACCAGUCCAUUGUCUUCAUGGGGAGGAGCGGGGGAGGUAAAUCAUGGAACGUGCGACACGUCUUACAGUACUUGACCAUCGUGUCUGGCUCGCACAACAACAUCGUCACAGUUGACAAGAUCACCGCCGUGACAACCCUGCUAGAUGCCUUUGGCGGGGCUAGGACCAUUCAGAACACCAGUGCUACCAGAUGUGCUAACAUCUACUCUCUAGACUUUGAUCACCUUGGUCAGAUAGCUUCCAGCUCAAUUCAGAUCUUGAUGCUUGAGAAGUAUCGUAUCGUGAGGAAACCAGAGGAUGAGAGAGCUUUUAAUAUCUUCUACUACCUCAUAUCAGGUGCUGACCAAUCACUCAGUCAAGACCUGUCACUGCAUAAAAUGUCGAAGGAGAAUCCAUACAUUCAACCCUUGCAGAUGAAUGAAGAGAUAGAUCAUGCAAAGUUGAUGUGGCAGAAAGUAAUCACUUCAUGUCAGCUACUGAACUUCACUCCGGAUGAAUGCAAGGGACUGUGGUGUGUCUUGGCUGCAAUCAUCUAUCUAGCCGCAGCUGGAGCAACAAAAGGAUCCGGAAGUGCCAAAGCCCAAUUCCUCAACCCAUCAGAGGCCCAGAGAGCGGCGACCCUCCUGGGUGUAUCCCUUGAAGACCUUGCCCGCAACACCUUCAACCCCAAGGCCACCGGUACCCCUACCAGGUCUCACCUCAGAGCUGUGCCGUCGGACGGAGGGUCCGAAGGGGGUUCGUCGGGUGGUGCUACAGAAGCCCUGGAAGGCAUGAUCUCAGGGUUGUACACAGAGCUGGUCAAUGCUGUAGUUUCACUAGUCAACAGGGGCCUAUCAUCAGCCUACCGUACCAAGUCCUCUAUCCUGGUGGUUGACCUACCUGGUCUCCAGAUACCUGAAGGGUGUGGUCGUAAGACCGGUGCUAGCUUUCAAGAUCUCUGUACUAACUAUGCCCAGGAGAGACUUCAGCUUCUCUUCCAUGAUACGGCUGUCACGCAGCAGAAAGAUAAAUAUGCUCAGGAGAACAUAGAGUGUGAUCUUGGGAGGGAGAAUGAAUCAGAAUCAUCGCCUGGUCUUAUGGUCAACCUGAUUGAUAAACAACAAGGAUUGAUCCGCACCUCAAAUCCUGAUCUGAGGAACACGGAGCAGAAGGGGAUCCUGUGGCUCCUGGACGAGGAGUCCAUCUUUCCUGGAGCCUCCGAUGAUUCAUUCCUGGAGCGUCUUUACCUUCACUACCAGGAAGAGGCCAACAGAUCGGAUGGUGUCAUCAAGCAUAGUAGCAAUAAGAGAUCCUUCAUCUUGAAUCACAUCCAUGGUACUGUACCUAUCACCUACAACGCUACCAACUGGCUAAGACAGUCCAGAGAACACCCCUCCAUUCGUAGUGCAUCGGUUCUCCUUCAAGAAUCACAAAAACCAAACAUUAGCCGUGUGUUCACAAGCCUCUCAGGCUCCCUUCCCAGUUCUAUGGUUGGAUCUGUCGCUGGCAUAGAGGGCAGUUCAUCACUCCGUAGGGCAUCCAGCAUACGUAGGGCAUGGACCAGUGGAACGGCAGCUAUCAAGAGGAAAUCACUCUGUCUUCAGGCCAAGUACCAAGUGGAUGGUAUCAUAGAAAGCAUCCGUCGCACUCGUCUUCACUUUGUCCAUUGUCUUCUACCUCAUCCUGACGCUGGUCUCUGUGAAGCUAGGAUCAUCGCAGGCAAACCACCCAACUCACCGUCUAACAACGACCUCCUCAAUGUACCCUUACUGAGGUCACAGUUCAGGGGAUCAACGAUCAUGGCUGCUAUCCGGAUCUUUAGGUUUGGUUUCCCUGAGAGCAUGCUGUUCCAAGAAUUUAGAUAUCGCUUUGAGAUACUAGCUUCAUCGGAAGCCAAGAUGCCAGAGCCAAUCAUGGAUGAAAGGAAGGCCGUGGAACUUCUUCUGAAUCAUCUAGACUUGGACCAAUCAUCAUUGAGAUUAGGACUAAGUCAGAUCAAAAGUGCGAUCUUCUUCAGUAGGUGCAUGCCAGAAAUGCAUAUACAGGAUAUCGUUUAUGAGUUUUAG